AUGGUCCGGACGCUGAACCUCGAGAUCUCCGAGGUCGCGACACAGGUCACGAACUCCUUCCAUGUGGCCGAGGCGCCGGAGCCAGACAGGGCCGCGCUCGCGUUCGAACGCGCGCGGGAGGCCAUGGGCCCUGUUAUGGCCGAGCUCCUGGAGACCAUUCAGCACCAGGACGACCCGCUCCUGAUCGACAUUGCCCUCAAGGCGGACAUGGUCGGCUUCGCUGCGGAGAUCGUCUCCGCGUGGGACUUCCAGCACCAGAGCAGGUCCGUCUUCAUGGGCGUAUACAAGCAGAUGCUGCGUUCAGAGUCUCAGCUCGUCGCGGGCCGCUGGCGCUCGCACGCGCAGAAGUACUCGAAGCAGCGCCUGUACAACGGGCGCGACCUCGCUGCGGGCUUCUCGCAACAGCUCGCCGAGCGCAUCGCGGACCUGCUCACCGUCGCGGGCGCGGCGACGACGACGGAGGUGGUGCACGCGGCGUACGCGCGGCACCUCGAGACCAUCGUGCGCACCGCGCUCGACCUGCAGCGCCUGAUCGGCGAGGAGGUCGUCGCGUGCGACUACGAGGUGCUCAUCGUGCACUUCGACACGGUGUUCGACGCGGUGCAGAUGGACGACAUUUAUGGGGGCGAGGUCGCGAUGGCUGGGCCGCCGGGGAUGGUCCCGCGCGUGCUAUCGACUGCGGACCUUGGCUUAAGGCGGGUGCACAAGGCGGCCGGCGUGGUGGAGGGCGAAGGCGAGGCGACGAUGCUGCUAAAGCCAAAGGUCGUGCUGGACACUAUCGUGUACGAGCUUGGACUGGUGGACGAUGAGGACGCGAGCCCUGCGUCGGCAGAGACUGCUACGUAG